AUGAACUUUAAAGCGAGAGCCAGAGCUGUCAAAUUCAGUCCUGACGGAAAGUAUUUUGCCAUCACCCAUGAAAAGAAUGUGAAUAUCUGGAAAGCUCCCAGCCACACCCGAGAAUUUGCACCCUUUAUUCUUUUAACUACAUGUGUUGGUCAUCAUGAUCUUGUCACCAACAUCAACUGGAGCCCUGAUUCAAAGUAUAUUAUUACAACUUCUAAAGACAUGACAUGCCGUAUUUUCACUGUUGAUAAAACCGUCAAGGAUUUCGUGUCUGCCACACUUUCUGGACAUCGUGAUUAUAUUAUUAAUGCCUGGUUCUCCGCCGAUAUGAAGAAUAUUUAUUCAAUCAGUCGAGAUGGAUCUUUAUUUCAAUGGAAAAACUCAACAUACGCCGCCAUUCACGAGGAUUCAGAUACGGAAAUGGUAGAGUUAGAUGCGGAUGGCAACGAGAUUGUGCGUGUGGAUAAAGUGAAAUGGAGAAUUCAAAAGAAGAACUACUUCAACAAGAUCAGUGUGAAAGUGACCGAAGCGCAAUUUUUCGCUCCUAGCAACCUCGUGGUUGUCGGUUUUGAAAACGGUCUGUUUGGUAUUUAUGAAGUGCCCAAUUUCACCACCAUCCAUACCUUGAGUAUCUCACAAAAGAAGAUUGACACCGUGUGCAUCAACGCCACAGGUGAAUGGCUCGCCUUUGGCUCCGCUGCAUUGGGCCAAUUGUUGGUUUGGGAAUGGCAAUCGGAGACCUACGUGUUGAAACAACAGGGACAUCAUUAUGAUAUCAAUUCAGUCUCUUAUUCAUCCGAUGGACAAUCGUUGGCUACCGGUGGUGAUGAUGGUAAGAUCAAGGUUUGGAAUACCGCCUCGGGUUUCUGUUUUGUUACUUUCAGUGAGCAUAGCAGUGGUGUCACCGCAGUGGAAUUCGCCAAGCAAGGUCAAGUCUUGUUCUCGGCUAGUAUGGAUGGUACCGUACGUGCCUUUGAUUUGGUGCGUUACCGUAAUUUCAGAACUUUCACCAGUCCUAACCCUGUUCAAUUCACAUCGCUUGCUGUGGACCCUAGUGGAGAAAUCGUGUGUGCUGGUACGAUGGAUACAUUCGAGAUCUUUGUGUGGAGUGUUCAAACAGGUAAAUUAUUGGAUAUCUUGGCUGGUCACACUGGACCUGUCAGCUCUCUUGCAUUCUCCCCUACAGGCAUGAUUCUUGCUAGUGGUAGUUGGGAUCACUCUGCUCGUACUUGGGAUAUCUUUGGUCGUAGUAAGAGUGUUGAAACACUUGUUCAUCAAACAGAAGUUUUGGCUGUCGCUUUUAAACCUGAUGGUAAGGAAAUUGCUGCAGCUACCUUGGAUGGUAAUAUUACCUUUUGGGAUAUUGGAGAAGCCUUGAUUGUUGGCACAAUUGAUGGUCGUAAAGACAUUAUGGGUGGCCGUAAGAUGGAUGAUCGUACAUCUGCUGACAACGCAGCUAGUGGUAAAUGCUUCAACUCUAUCUGCUAUACCGCUGAUGGCACAAGUCUGAUUGGUUCCGGUACGAGUAAAUAUAUCUGUAUCUACGACGUUGCUAGCUCCUUCCUUGUCAAGAAGUUCCAAAUUUCCAAGAAUCUUGCGUUGGAUGGUACACAAGAAGUUUUGAAUUCCAAGUAUAUGACACAAUUUGGCAGCUUGGAAGAAUUAGACGAUGAGGGAUCUGAUCGUGAAGACCGUGUUGAUUUAUCGUUACCUGGUACUCGCACUGGUGAUUUAUCCAAACGAUCCGCUCGACCCGAGAUUAAGUCGAUGGCUGUGCGUUUCUCACCCACUGGACGAUCCUGGGCAGCUGCUACAACGGAUGGACUCAUGAUUUAUUCCUUGGAUGAAGAUAUUCUUUUUGAUCCAUUUGAUCUUGAGAUGGAUAUCACACCCGAAACUGUUCUGGAGGCACUUGCAGAGAAGGAGUACCUCAAGUCACUUUGUAUGGCUUUCCGUUUGAAUGAGAAGCCCUUGUUACACACUGUCUUUGAAAGCAUCCCACCUGAUUCUGUAGAUCUUGUUGCCCGUGGUAUGCCAGAAAAAUAUCUCUUUAAAUUAUUAUCGUUUAUUGGUAUGCAUAUGGAGACAAGUCCUCAUGUUGAAUUCCAUUUGAUGUGGGUUACGAGUGUCAUGACUGCUCAUGGCAGAUAUCUUCGCGAUCAUCGCGGUCAAUUCCAACCUGUAUUUAGAGCUUUACACAAGGGUGUUAACCGUGUUCGUGAUGAUAUUGCUACAUUGUAA